AUGUUUACUUCAUCUCUGGCUGUUCUGGCUUUAUUUUCUUCGGCGAAUGCUCUUGUGCGGAAGGAUGGCGUGGGUCGACUCCCAGCACUUGGCUGGAACAGUUGGAACGCAUUCGGGUGUGAUGUGGAUGCGGACAAGAUCAUGACUGCCGCCAAUGAGAUGGUCAAUCUGGGGUUGAAGGAGCUAGGAUAUGGAUAUGUGAACAUCGACGACUGCUGGUCCAUCAAGGGCGCAAGAAACAGCACGACGGGCCGCUUGAUGUAUAACUAUACCACAUUUCCAGACGGUAUCUCAGGUCUCGCGGACCAGAUACACAAUCUUGGCUUGAAGAUCGGUAUUUACAGCAGUGCCGGCGAGACUACCUGUGCAGGCUACCCCGCCAGCCUUGGACGCGAAGAGAUCGACGCCCAAACCUGGGCUGAAUGGGGAAUCGACUACCUCAAAUAUGACAACUGUGGUGUCCCGACCAACUGGACUGAUCAGAACACAGCCUGUGUUCCCGACGGCUCUGGCAACCAUCCCAACGGAACAUGCCCAGAUCUGACAGACGCAGCACCUCCUGGCUACGACUGGACCAAGUCGAAGACAUAUACCCGCUACACAAGGAUGCGGGAUGCCCUUCUCGACCAGAACAGGACCAUUCUUUAUUCUCUUUGUGACUGGGGAGAUGCGGAUGUGAAUACCUGGGGCAAUGAAACUGGUAACUCGUGGCGCAUGUCGGGCGAUAUCAGCGCAAGCUGGACCCGUAUCGCGGAGAUCGCCAACGAGAACAGCUUCAAGAUGAACUAUGUCGAUUUCUGGGGCCAUCCCGAUCCAGAUAUGCUUGAGGUUGGCAAUGGCAAUGUCACCGACGCGGAAGGCCGCUCUCACUUCGCUUUGUGGGCUGCUAUGAAAGCUCCUCUGAUCAUUGGUACUGCGCUCAAUGACCUGAGUGAUCCCAACGUGGCUACCAUUAAGAACAAAUAUCUCAUCAACUUCCAUCAAGACCCAGUCGUUGGUCGCUCCGCGCACCCUUACAAGUGGGGUUAUAAUCAAGAUUGGACAUUCGAUCCUGCUCACCCAGCCGAGUACUGGUCUGGUCCUUCGUCGAAUCUUAAGGGAACUUUAGUCCUGAUGCUCAACUCAGAGGACAAGACUGCCACCCGUACUGCUAUAUGGAAGGAGAUUCCUGAGCUUCAGGGUGGCGAAUCGUAUCAUGUUCUUGAUGCUUGGAGCGGAAAAGACUUGGGUUGUGUCAAGUCGCAUUAUAGUGUCUCCUUGGAAAGCCAUGAUUCGGCUGUGUUGGUGGUCAAGGGCGCUUGUUAG